CUAUUAUAAAUGAUAUGAAAAUCAUAACGCAGCAGCGGGAGGAGGAGAGUCGAGAACAGAUUAAUUUUAUUCUGGAUACGCUAUAUUGAUCUCUGGAUCCCUCAUUUUGUGUGUCUUCAUUUUUAAAUCGCAGUGCUUAAAGCAUCAGACAAGCUCAGUAGCCUCCAUAUAGUUGAUUUUAUUCAAACACAUAUAUAUGGAAAUAUACAUGUUUUAAAAUGUAAAAAAUUGGACAAGGGAACGAUUGGUCGAAAGAAAAGAAUCGGUUGACCAGGAUAUAUAUUUAUUUUGUCGGGACAGCCCUAAUAGCUUUAUUCCCUGUAUUGUACAGCCUACUGUUAUGAAGUCAUAUGUAUACCACACCAACUGACUGGUUCUUCUGAUGUUGUUCACACAGGAGACCAUGUUGAGACAUUCUCUACAUCCGGAGAGCAACAGCAGGAAGAUCACAGAGCUAAGAGGUCUCACCACUGCCCACAUUGUGAGGAGAUGUUCCCAAUUCUAUCAAAGCUAAAAAUACACCUUAAAUCACACACUGGAGAGAAUCUGUAUCCCUGUACUGACUGUGGGAAGAGAUUCACUACAUCAAGGUCUCUGACAGUUCAUCAGAGAAUACACACAGGAGAGAAGCCUUACUCCUGCUCUGACUGUGGAAAGAGUUUCUCUCGACUGGGCAACUUAAAAACACAUGGAUGUAUACAUACAGGAGUGAAACCUUACUCCUGCUCUGACUGUGGAAAGAGGUUCUCUCGACUGGGUGACUUAAAAACACAUGAACUUAUACAUACUGGAGUGAAGCCUUACUCCUGCUCUGACUGUGGAAAGAGUUUCUCUCGACUGGGCCACUUAAAAACACAUGCACGUAUACAUACAGGAGAGAGGCCUUACUCCUGCUCUGACUGUGGAAAGAGUUUCUCUCGACUGGGCAACUUAAAAACACAUGAACGUAUACAUACAGGAGUGAAGCCAUACCUCUGCUUUGACUGUGGAAAGAGUUUCUCUCUGCUGGAAAACUUAAAAAGACAUGAACGUAUACAUACAGGAGUGAAGCCUUACCCCUGCUCUGAUUGUGUAAAAUGCUUCACAACAUCAGCUGACCUAAAAGUUCAUCAGAGAACACACACGGGAGAGAAGCCUUACUCCUGCUCUGAUUGUGUAAAAUGCUUCACAACAUCAACUGACCUAAAAGUUCAUAAGAGAACACACACCGGAGAGAAGCCUUACUCCUGCUCUGGCUGUGGAAAGAGUUUCUCUCGACUGGGCCAGUUAAAAAGACACCAAGUUAAUCAUAAAGGAGAGAAGCCUUAUCACUGAUCUGACUGUAGAUGUAUUUAUUUUUUUAUCAACAGCUGAGCUAAAAGGGUCAUCAGAGAACACACAGAGGAGAGAAGCCUUACUUCUUCUCUUAAUGUGGCAAGAGUUUCUCCCGAUUGGGCAAUGUAAAAACACACCAACAGAUACACACUUGAGAGAAGCCUUAUCACUGCACUGACUGUGAGAAGAGAUUCUACAGAUUGGUGUCUUUUUAAAUGGCCCAAUGUAUACAUAAAGGAGAGAAGUCUCAUCAGUUUUCUCAGACCAGCUAAGAUUAGUCACUCCACUUAAUUCUCAUCCCAUAAAAUAAUUGGCAACUUUGAAUUGGAUCAAAUGAAGAAAGCGUAGAACACUCUUGUAAUCCUAUUGUUUCUCACUGUGAGAACUGUGCAGAAAGAAGGGAGCAUUCUAGAAUAGUAGCCUCUCUUCUCUUUACUGAUCAGUGUGCACCUUGUCAGGUUGUGUGUUUUGUUAGCUUCUACUGUAAAGAUAUUGAGACCUUGGAUUGCAAUUAUGAUUGAAUAUCCUCCGUGAGGCGUCUCACUAUGGAGUCUGAUGGUUGACUGGGUGGUGCUGCUUCCCUCUGUAGUUUUCUGUGGGAAUAAGCUUGUAUACACAACAUAUACUGAGUGCACAAAACAUUAAGGACACCUGUUCUUUCCGUAACAUAGACUGUUUCUGUACAGCACUUUGUGACAUCAGCUGAUGUAAAAAGGGCUUUAUAAAUACAUUUGAUAAAUUUGAUUGUUUGAAGUCCCGAGAUCAACUUGCUGGUCCUCCCCUGUGGAAGCCAGACCCCCUCCCAUUGUUACUGUGUGUAUGAACACAUUUUUAACAAUGGCUUCCUAAAAUGCUGUGGUGCUGAUUAACACAAUAGGAAAGGUUUUGGUAGAUGUGGACCAUCACAGGUGAGUUCCCAGCUCUUCCACUCUGAACAAUGAGGCAGGGAAAGGGUAAUGCAGCUUCCUCUCUGGUUCCAUUCCCCAAUAGUAAGUGGAUCAUACUUGAAUUGUGGUAGUAAUAUUGUCCCUGGACUUUGGUACCAUAGAAAACACUUUUAAAUGAUUUAAAAAAAAACAAAUACAUUUGUUUCAUUUCACAUUUAUUUAAAUAUGAAAAAUGUCCUUUAAACUGUAUAACAUUAUUAGUAUGUAUUGUAGAACAUACUGGGGGCUAAUAGACAUGUAGAAGUGUAGUGAUAUGUAUUGAGUGGAUACAUAGACAUUUAAAUGAUUUAGCAUGCUAUCAAUUAAACAAACACAUGUUCUGUAUAGAUAAACCAUAGGCUGAGCAGUAGAAUGUAGAAUAUUUAUUUUUCAUUAGCGGAUCAAUCAAGUUCCAUGCAGUUAUCCAAAUACAUUCUUCAUCAAGGAUGAACAUAAUACAUCUAGUUUUAAAAGACAAUGUAAUUAACAUAUGUAGUAGUUUCAAAGUAUGUAUAUCUAUUAAGGGAAUUUUUAUCUAUAAUGACUAAUUAUGUACUAAUCAGAAUACAAUUAUGGUACUGUAUAUGUACUAAUCAAAAUACUAAAUGUUACUGUAUAUGUAUGAAUUUUCUUAUCUGAUCCCAGUACUGAAGUGAAUGUGGUCAAGAGUUUAGUAACCAUGACAGUCUGUUCCUUUGUAUAAAUUAAUGAACUGUCUAGAAUGCUUAUCUACACUGACUGACCUUGGCACUAGGCGAGGAGGGAAGGCUUGAGAACUAUAGAGCCUUUCUACCAGUGUCAAGAAGAGAUGGAACAUUUAGAAAACACUGACGUCAUUUUCAGUUUAUAACCUGUGGUAAAAUGUGUAUGAAGGUAGUACUCUCUUGAAUUAAAGGCUGUUACCU